AUGUCUUUCAAUUCUUUGAUUGAGAAUUUGAAAGCAAUUUUUUUGAAGUCAAGAACUUGGAACAUACGUCCAAGCAAAAUACGACCUAAAAGAGAAGUUCCAGUCAGUUCUUCCCUUCCAGUGUUAUGGGUGCCAGAAGCUUGUCAGAGCCAAGAGUCUCUUAUUGUAGACAUGGAAGAAAAACAGAAGAGGAAACGCGAUAACAAGUCAGUUUACAUGAACUACUGGAAAAGGUGGUGUGGUCAAGAAACUACAACAAAAGGAUCUUCAGUUGAUGAACCUAGUUCUAGCUUGCAGUCUACUACGUAUGGCGCUGAAUCUGGAGACAAGCUUCUUUCAGAGCAUUUAGCAACUGCUUCAAAGAAUGCGCUCUAUACCAGUCCACAAAUUCAGAAUGAAAUUAUAGUUAUUUGUGGUGAAAUAAUUCAGCAAGCAAUAAUCAAAGAAGUUAAAAAUGCCCAGUUUUUUGCUGUUCUAGCAGACGAAACUACAGAUAUCUCAAAUAUGGAGCAAGUAUCGCUUUGUCUCAGAUAUGUUGACUCUGAGAAUGUUAAACAGCAUAAAUUGAAAGAAAUGUUUUUGGAGUUUAUACCCACUAAUGACGUAACAGGCGUUGGUCUAUCGAACUUAAUUUUAAAUGCUGUCAAAAGAAAUGGCCUCGAGUAUUGUCAUGUGGUUGGACAAGGCUACGACGGAGCUGCAUCAAUGAGUGGACAUUUUCAAGGUGCUCAGGCCUAUGUUCGUAAAGAAUGUCCUCUUGCUCUGUAUGUACAUUGUAGUGCACAUUCUCUUAACCUAGCCAUUGCUGACUCAUGCUCACGGCCCGAAAUCAGGAAUUGUUUAGGUAUCGUACAGUCUGUUGGUACAUUCUUUAGAAAUUCUGCUCAACGCACUGCGGUAUUGAGGGAUAACAUUAAUCAACUUUCAACAUUGCCACCACAUCAUAAAAAGAAUUUACUUGCCAUGUGCGAAACACGAUGGGUCCACAAACAUGAAGCAGUACUACGUUUUAAAGAGAUCUAUCCGGCAAUCAUGGCUGCCCUAGAAGAAUUGCAAGCUGUUCACAACAAAGAAACAUCCAAUCAAGCUGUACAGCUUCUUAAUACACUCAGAACUUCUAAUUUUGUGGUAUGCUUAGCAGUGCUGGAAAAAGUCAUGGGCUACAUAUUGCCACUUUCAAAACAAUUACAAGCCACCAAUAUUGACCUCGCUAAAGCAUUUUCACAUGUGGACACUGUUCUCAACGCCUUGAACAUUUUAAGAAGUAAUGCUGAAGACGAAUGUACACAUAUUUGUAAUGCAGCUAAAGACUUGCUGGAAGAAAAUGGAGGUAUGCUGCAGAUACCACGUAUUGUUGGUAAAUAAACGCAUCGCUCUAAUAUUGCUGGGGUAGAUGUCAUCACUUACUACAGAAUAAACAUAUUCAUCCCAUUUUUAGAUCAUACUAUUAUUCAAUUAACUGAAAGAUUUGCAAAGCAUCGCAAUUCUAUUAUUGGACUGUCAAAUUUACUACCUCAAAAUGUGGAUGGAACAUCAGAAACAUGUUUCAGUGAAUUAAUAACCACUUACUCUUCAAUAUUACCUGAAAAAAAUAAAACUGUAAUUGAAGCCGAAUAUCAAGUUUGGAAAUGUGCAAUGGCUUCCAACAAAACAUUCAAAUCUGCUUUAGAAUGUCUAAAUAUGUGUGACAAAAAUUUACAUCCAAAUAUGUAUAUCCUACUUCAAAUUUUGGCUACUAUACCAGUAUCAACUGCUACUCCAGAGAGGACAUUUUCUAGUCUUCGAAGACUUAAAAAUUAUCUAAGAAACUCUACUUCUGAAAACAGACUAAACGGACUGGCUUUGAUGAACAUUCAUUAUAAUGUACAUUUAGAUGCCAAACAUAUUGUAGAUAUAUUUGCAAUGAAAAACC